AUGCCAGAGGCUAGGUUCCAACAUUCUGUUGUCUUCUUGGAUUCAAAGAUGGUUGUCAUAGGAGGGAGAACUGAUGGUGAUUGCUCCAAGCCGUUAUCUACUGCUGUUUAUGACACGGAGACGGUCGAGUGGAGGCUGCUGCCAAGCAUGGGGAGAAUACCUUGCUUCUAUAGCGACGUUGAGAGGGAAGAGCAGCGAGCAAAGGCUGCCCGGCAGCGGCAGCAGGCACUAGCCAUAACAGCAGCAGCAGCAUCACAGCAGCAGCAGCAGCAGCAGCCUCAACCAUUACCUGCAGCGCAGCAACAGCAGCAAAUGCAGCAGCGCGGCGUUGCAGGACGCACAAUGACAUCGCAACCUGCUGUUGCAGCAGGAGCAGCAGGCCAGGUUCCUGGUAUUGCACAGCAGCAGCAGCAGCAGCAGCAGCAAGCAUAUCCGCUGCAGGGUUCUCUUACCUUUUCUCGCCAGUCAACUGGUCUUAGCCGACAAGGCAGCCGUGCUGCAGAUAUUCGAUUGGCUUCGCAUGCAUCCGUUGUACAGGAGCAAAGAGGAGAUUUCUCAGCCCUAGUCAGACGGAUAUCGAUAGAUCGUUUAGAAGAGGAGGGACGAAAGAUAAACAAGAGUUGCUGCAGCAGCAGCGGCUCGGGUCCCUUAUCUCCUGCUGCAGCAAGAGCAGCAGCAUUAGCAGAUCGUAUAAUUCGUUUGCUGCUGCGGCCGCUGCUGACGCAGCAAGAGUUGAUGGCACUCUUUGAGACAGAUGCACCUUUUUGUAUUCCUUGGGCAGAUGUCAAUGAACUCUGCCAUGUUGUGACGGACAUCUUCAAAGAGGAAGAGAUGGUUCUAAAUCUGCGGGCACCAAUAAAGGUGUAUGGGGACAUUCACGGUCAAUAUUUAGAUUUGAUGCGUUUAUUCCAUUUAUAUAAAAUGCCUGUAGAGGAAGAAGAAGCAGAACAAUAUGCAGCAGGAAGCAGAGCAGCAAAAGGAACUCUUUGUGGGGAUAUUGAUUGUACAGAUUAUUUAUUCUUAGGGGAUUAUGUUGAUAGAGGAAGUCAUUCGCUAGAAACUAUCUGUCUACUCUUCGCACUUAAAGUAAAAUAUCCUCGUCAAGUGCAUUUGAUUCGUGGUAAUCAUGAGGAUCCAGGUAUAAAUAGUUUGUAUGGAUUUCAAGAUGAAUGCCGUCGUCGUUUACAGGAGGAUCCAAUAGAUCCGAAUUCAUGUUGGUCUUCUUUUAAUAAUGCAUUUGAAUUUCUUCCUGUUGCUGCAAUUAUUGAGGAUUGUGUCUUAUGUAUUCAUGGAGGGAUCGGGGGAUCGAUACAUUCUAUUGAACAAUUACAAGCAUUACAGAGACCUCUUAAGGUUGCACAAGUACCACAGACACCACAGGAGCAACAAGUUACAGAUCUACUAUGGUCCGAUCCCACCGAUUCCGACUCCGUCUUGGGGAUCGCACAGAACGAAAUUCGCGAUCCUGAUGGUGCAGGAAAAAUAUGUAAAUUUGGUCCUGAUAGAGUUGUACAAUUCCUUGCUGCAAAUAAUUUAUCUCUUAUUAUUAGGGCUCACGAGUGCGUCAUGGAUGGUUUUGAGAGAUUUGCGGGUGGAAAAUUAAUAACACUUUUUUCGGCUACCAACUACUGCAACCACCAUCAAAACGCCGGCGCUCUUCUUUACAUCCGCAGGGAUUUAACAAUUAUACCUAAAUUAAUUUAUCCAGCUAAUGCUAUGUCGCAGUAUAUUACAUGGGAUGAGAGGAUGACAGAGCUGCGGCCUCCUACACCUCCGCGGGCCCCACCGCGCAUGCGGGAGCAGCAGGACUUUGAUGGUAGUUGA